UUUAGUCUUUUCGAAAGUUGGACUAAACCAAUCCGAAAUUCUGGGGGAACCUCAAGCGCAUUUACCGCAGGAAAUGCUCCGAGGGAGGGACCGAAAAGCACCCAAAAUAGCAACCCUGAAACUUGAAGAACGAGACAGGAGCCUUAUGGAAGGAGGGGUUAACCCUCCCCAACCCCACUCCGCGCAAUGAUUCGUUAUAAUUAAAACGCCUCCCCCCUCUCCCGGUUUACAAAUGGCGUUUCCUGCUUCAGAGACCGUGCAGACCAGGAAGCGGUGGUGAAGUGCCCGAAACGCCUGUCAACGGAGGCGGCUUUUCCGCUCUCCUACUGCGGGCAAGGAGCGGAUAGGGAGGCUUAUGGAGGCGGGAGGGGCUCCUGGGAGGGGCGCGAUGGGUGUCGCCUGAGAACUCAGCCUGGUCUUGGACUGUGGACGACUAGGCUGGUUUUGCAGGGCAUUUCCGAUCUGCGCAGCAGCUCAAGCAAGAUGAAGCAAGAGAAUAUUUUCCUCUUCGUUCCCAACCUCAUUGGUUAUGCUCGUAUAAUCUUCGCUUGUAUUGCUUUUUAUUAUAUGCCAACCUCCCCCUCGCUGGCAUCAUUCUUCUACCUAUUUAGUGGCUUCCUCGAUGCUUUUGAUGGCCAUGCUGCCCGGGCUCUUAACCAAGGCACCCGCUUUGGGGCCAUGCUGGACAUGCUGACUGACCGCUGUACUACCAUGUGUCUGCUGGUGAACCUGGCAAUGCUGUAUCCAGAGUCUGCCGUCUGGUUUCAGCUGAGCAUGAGUCUUGAUGUGGCCUCCCAUUGGCUACAUCUCCACAGCACUGUGGUGAAAGGUGGAGAAAGCCAUAAGAGUAUUGACUUAACAGGAAACCGGAUCUUGAGAGUGUAUUACACCUCACGGCCUGUUCUGUUCAUUAUGUGUGCCGGUAAUGAACUCUUCUACUGCAUGUUGUACUUGUUGUGUUUCGGUGAAGGGCCAGAAAUCCUGUCAGGAUACGCCGGACUCUAUCGCUUGAUUCUAUGGGUUUGUACCCCCAUUGCUAUCACCAAGAGUUUCAUCAGCUUAAUUCACUUGGUCUCGGCCUCGUGUAAUAUGGCUGCCUUAGAUGCUUCUGAACGGGCAAAGAAGAUGUAGGAUUUCAAGGUUGUGGGAAAGGGUCUUCCAGAGUGAUCAGCUCCUAACCUUCAUGAUGAAUGGAUGAGGACUUUGCCUCAGAUCAGUCACUCCAGUUGUGCAGUUUUUCUUUGAUGUGAUCACUUCAUAUUUCCAUUAUGUUUUUGUGAUAUCUGUGUGAGAUGAUAGGGUAACUCCUGCUCCUCCUGCCUUCUUCCUGUUUUACUCCCAUAAUAAUAUGAACAGUUGAGUUAAAAAUUGACUGUUGAGGAGGAUCCUGAUCCACCAUUUUGAGGAGCAGCUGAAGAGCUUGUCAUUUUAGAAUUGAAAACUUUUUACCUCACAUUUUUGGGGUAUCUUUGGGGAGAACGAAAUAUAGGACUGCACUUGUCUUGAUAUAAUAAACCAAACUAGGAUGUUGUUGCUUAAAAAUGAAGAAGAAAUCUGGACUAGGUUUUUUUUCAUUCCCAAACUGUAUAGGAACAGAUCUCUGAAGAAAAGAAUGUAUUAAUCCCCUUGUAUUCUACAAAUAUAUCUAGUAAGACAUGGAGCAACCAUUUGGAAGUUAUUUAUUUUGGACAAUAUUAAUACACAGCUUUAAAAGGGAUACAGUAUUGGCAGGCUACUUAUUGACCUUGGAGGUCUUAAGGUCAUAACUUGCAUUAUUUCCUUGGGAUUAUCUUUGUUCAGUUUAACUUUUGUACUUCAGCUCAUGAUCCAGAUUAUUUGCUCUUUUCUCUUGUAAAUAUUUUAUUAGAAAUACAUAGACCAGGCAAAUUGCUUCAUUUCUCAAGCAAUUCAGAUUGACUGAGCUGAAGGCUGUACUUUUCUUUUCUUCAAACAUUUCAUUGUGCUGUGCAAUACUGAAGUGAAAUAAGGACAACUUCCAGCAACAAUUUUGCCCUUCUUGUGUUUUGCCCUCUCUGUCUUCACCACGAUUCUGACAUUUACCGAUGGCAGAGAUGUAUUUACCUAUUUAUUUUCUCCAAGAUUUUGAACAUUCAGUACUUUCCUGAGGUAGUUAGUAACUCAUUUAUAUAGACAAUCAUUUAUCUUCUUUCCUCGCUGGUUUCUGUAUUAGCACAUUAGCAAGCUUUCUUAAUGCGGCUUUCAGCAAGCGGUACAUUAGCAUGGUAGCUACUUACCUGUUAAAUAUCUUCUUCUCCCCUUUUCAUGCUUGUAUUAGGACCAAAGGUCAAGAGAAAUAAAGGAUGGAUGUGAUAGAGGUAGGAUUUUUAAUUUAUUAAACAAAUUUAUAUGGCCACCCAACUCAUAUAUGGUAACUCUGGGCAGCUUACAGAAUUAGAAAUUCACAACAUAACCACCCCAUGUUUUUGGCCAUAAUAGAAGAGAGAUACCUAAGGCUUAGGCAUAGCUUAAUCAUGGUGGCUGUUUUGAAGGAACCAAACAUGAAGGCUAUCACGCAAAACACUUGACUGAGCCAAAUUAGAAGGCCAUUACCAUGUAGUUUCUUUUGCUUAAACUGCAAGAAGAUCCCUGAAAUUGAAAUGAUUAUUUUUGGUCCUUCCUUGUAAUGUUGUUCCAAAGGUGAUUUUUCAAGAGGCAACUGGACUUUCUGUUUUUAAUUUGAAGAUGUUUCUCUUCAGAAGAAGAAGCUUCUUGGAUAAGAAGCGAAACGUUUUCAAAGAAAAAACAGAAAGUCCAGUUGCCUCUUGAAAAAGCAACUUUGGGACAACCAUGACCUGGAUGACUGAGAAUCUCCAUAGACAUUCCUUGUAAUGUUCUCACUUUGUCUCCUCCAAGGAGGGGCUGAUGCUGACAACUCUCCUAAACCUCCCACAGUGGUGUUGCUGCACGUUUCAAACCUGAGUGUCUAUAUAUUGUAUAUAGAUUUUUAAAGUGUAAAACUUUUGUCCGAUACAAAAACCUCUUUCUCACUCAGCAGAAUAAGGUUAUGGUAAUAAAGUCUGUACACCUGA